AUGCCUUCAAAUUAUGGCUGGCAGAUCCAGCAAGGGAAGUUCAACGGCUCAAGGCACCCAUGUAGCCCGUUGACCCUGGGGAAAGGAGGCACUCUUGUCUUCAAUGAUACAUUUUCCGUCGUUCUGAGUCAAGAUGCCGUCUUUGAGCCGUCCUGUACCACCGUUGUCGAACCAGAAACAUACGACCCGUCAACGAUCGUGGAUGUCCGCGAGCAUUUCUACGCCUCGACCUCACCGCAGAUGUAUGCUAUUGCAACCGCGACGGUGCUAGCUUACGUCCUCUCCAUCAUACUUUUCAUCACUCCCCGUACUUUUUUUAUAGGAGGCCGUGGCGGAGGCUUCCUCGGUCGGCAUGGCAUGAUCAGCGGGUCAUAUGGCAGCAGUUCAGUCAUCGGUGUGGGUGGGAGGCCAUGGCUGCAGAAGAUAGCAGCAUUGACAGUUGCGAUAUCACUUACGAUUGCUACCGCGGACUCAUUUGCGGUUGCGAAAAAACAGUAUGAAAUGGGAUACAUGGACUCCACAGCUCUCACGAAUGAGGUUGUCAACGGCCUUGAAUUGCGUAUUAUACGUGUCAUAUCAAGCACGUUUCUCUGGCUCGCGCAAGUCCAGACAUUAAUUCGGCUGUUCCCACGACACAAAGAAAAAGUCGUCAUCAAAUGGGUGGGAUUUGCACUUAUUGUGCUUGACACCAUAUUCAGCAUCCUUAACAACUUUGUACAUCCGGGGACCACAAUAGUCCAUCCCGGAAAACUUCGUGAUGCAGUCCCUGCUCUCAACUACCUAUUCGAACUGGCCCUUAGCAUGCUCUAUGCAGCUUGGGUCGUUUUCUACUCACUUUCCAAGCAUAGGUUUGCUUUCUUUCAUCCCAAGAUGCAGAAUAUCUGCCUCGUUGCGUUGUUGUCUUUGCUUGCACUUUUGAUACCCGUUGCUUUCUUUAUCUUGGACGUUUCUCAGCCUAAUAUUGCUGGCUGGGGUGAAUACAUUCGCUGGGUGGGUGCAGCAGCAGCGAGCGUGGUGGUUUGGGAAUGGGUUGAAAGAAUCGAGGCGCUGGAGCGUGAGGAACGGAAGGAUGGUAUCUUGGGGCGUGAGAUUUUUGACGGAGAUGAAAUGCUUGACGUAACUCCAUCAGAAGUGGCCGGUUCAUCUCGUCGUGGUGGAAAUGAUGGAGGAUUUAGGCGCGGUCCAGCCUGGGGGCGCCUCGGGAUACUAUCACACAACCCAUUUCGGCCGCGGAACCGACAGCGUCCCCGAUCUCCUCAUAUUCAUGAACGAAAAAGACGCAAGACAGAAAACACCCCUUCAGAUAUCGAGGCAACUCAGGUUGUCGAGACGGCUCCACCUCCUGCUGUGGCCAGCCCAGUUAGCCGGGAGAAUACAACUAGCGCUACAAGCACGCUCUAUUGUGUCCGAUAUCACUCCGUGGGCACACCGUUGGCCUCUAACUCUGAUCUAACACGGACAGGACAAGUUGAAAGGAGGGGUUCCGCGGAUUUAACCAAACAGACCACACUUCCUAUGGGUCAAAGUGACAUAAUUACCCCAGUUCCUUCCCGGAAAAUAGGCAUAGGCUGGCUUAACGCUGUCAAUCCUUUUAAACGAAGACGUGGAUCGCCACCACAGGAGGUUGCAACAGCACAGGCAGAGGAAGGAAUGGCUGCCACUGCUACUUUAGCUACAGGCCUCUCCGAAGAGCGUGAGAGUCGAUGGAAAUUCCCCCCAGCAUUGAGCAUGGUAGCAUCACAUCUUCACCGAGACUGGAUAAGCUCGUCUGAGAAGCGUGAUAUGGAGCCUCCAAUCCUCCCUGUCACCGUUAUACCGGCAAAGAGCAAGCGGGAACGAGCGCAAACAAACCCGAGGGAAGAUUCUACAACCCCUAAUUCACGCUUCCGAUGGGGUGAGUCGCCCGGCGAACGGAAAAGGAUAGAAACGCCGCUACCUGUCAUGGUGAUUCCAGCCCGGUCACGAUCAGCCAUUACGUGGUCAACUCCAGGUGUGGAUGAGCCUGGCCGUCCCUUUUUCAGCAGCCCAACGAACUCAAGUCCUAAUCCGCACGCUCUUACCGAACAAGGGACACCAUCUCCACUGAUUUCAUCUCCACCACAAGGUGCGAAUUCACGGGACCCGGGAAAAAAUGCCACCCAUAUGGAUCCAAGGCAUGUUCAACACAUAAUGUUUGAAGAAGAUGAGGAAGAUGAACAGGACGUUAUGUCAGAUUCUCCACGAUGUCAAGAUGACCGGGAGCAACAUGACCAUUCUGAAACGACUGAAAGCACAUCCAGCUCUCAUUCAAGCCAGCAACCGCCGGAGCCACCCGAUUCCCGGUCACAUACCGGAGCAGCUACAUCAACAACACGGCAACACUCGUCAUCAGACCUUGACAUCAGAUAG